CACACGCGCCGGUUGGUUGCAUUGCAUUGCCUCCGAGCUUAGGAGCGCCGAGAGGUAGAACCCUAGGCCGACUUAUUUCCCUCCUCCCUUCCUACUCGAACGCGAUUUGAAGCGCACAGCCGAGCAUUGGGGAAGUGUGGAGAUUGGUGGGUGAAGGAACUUUUCUCAGCUAACUCUUCCGAUCGGUGAUGGUGUCUACUUUAAACCUCGAUGAUGAAGACGAUUUUGGAGGGGAUGCUCCUGGAAGCCAGACUAGUACCAAACGUUCAGGUAUUCCCUUUUCCUGUUUAUUCUUUUUUUCCUCACCUAUUUGGAUUCCUGUUACACGCUAAACUUCCAGAUGGUAAGCGAAAAUUUGGAGAUCUCGACGAAGAAGAAGAGGACGUCUUUGGUCGCAAGCUAGAGAAAGCUAAGAAAAGAGAGGCUGCAUUUAUUGUCACUUUUGCAAAAAGAGAGCAGGAAAUUGCUGAUCUCAAGUCUGCAGUUCGAGAUUUGAAGACUCAACUGAGACCACCAUCAAUGCAGUUUUCAAUGGAAGGAAAGAGCAAGAAGAGGCUAGCAAUGGUAGCAACGGCUACGAAUGCACCAACUUCACAACCAGUUCUAUCAACUCCAAUUGAACAAGUAGAAAGUUCAAUGCCAACAAAGGUUAAAAGAAAAACUCUUUGCGCCAAACACUUAUGGACAAAACAAGAGGAUGCUGCAUUAGUUGACUGUCUUGUUGAGUUGAGCAAAGAUUCAGUUUGGAAGAGCGAGAAUGGUUUUAGAACUGGGUACUUGUUGCAUUUAGAGAAACUUAUGGCUGCUAAAGUGCCAUCAAGCAAUCUGAAGGCUACCCCUCAUAUCGAGUCAAGGUACAAGCUACUAAAGAGGCAGUUCCAUGCAAUCAAAGAGAUGUUGAAUCAUAGCAGUGGAUUUGGAUGGAAUGAUGCUGAGAAGUGUAUCAUUGUAACAAAGGAUGUCUUUAGUGAUUGGGUUAAGAGUCAUCCGGCUGCUAUUGGUUUAAGGAACAAAGAGUUCCCCCACCUUGAUGACUUGAUGUUUGUGUGGGGGAAAGAUUGUGCCAUAGGAGCUAGUGCAAAAUACCCAACUGAUGCAGUAGAAGAGAUAAAUUUAUGCGAUGAAGAGGCUGACACGUUUGAGUAUGAAAUAGAUGAACAAAUUGAAGAUCACGAAGAUAAAGAAUCUGUCAGAGAUGAAAUAAAGAAAUUUGAGAUUCUAGAUUCUUCCGUGUGCCCAUCAAGCAAGAAGUCAACCACGAGAAAGAAAAAAGGGAAGUCUGAUGAUGUUCUAGGUGACUUGGUGGGAGAGAUUCACAAGUAUAUUACUACUGUUAUGGAGGCUAAUGAGGAGAUGAAGGGAAUUUCUACCUACUUCAAGAAACAAACCGAGUGUAGUGAUAGAAAAAUGAGGAUAUAUGAUGAGUUAAUGGAACUUUCUGACUUCUCUCAAGAAGAAAUUAUGGAUGUCGGGGAGAAUAUUCUCAAGGAUGAAUACAAGGUCGACAACUUCUUCGCACUGCCAAAGACAUUUAGGAGAGAUUACGUGGUGAAGCAGCUCUCUGAGAUCAAACCAAAAUGAAUUUGAUAUUUGAAUUAGGUUGGCACUUAUAUUUUGAUAUACUUUUGGAAGUAUUAUUUUGAACAAAACUUGUUGAAUGAAUGUCAUUUUGGAUUGAACUUAGAUGAUAUAUUAUAUUAUGUUUAUCAAAAUUGCUGGUUGAAUUAGCCCAAAAUGUGAUUUCUAGUCAAGUGACAAAGGCUUGUGUAGCUAGGUAUAUGUUGGUGAAAUUGCUAGUGAAAUUGCUCGAUGAAAUCAUUUUUAAUUGUUGGUGAAAUUACUGAACCGUAUGCACUAGGUAUAUGUAGCUAGAAUUUCGUGACAAAUCCAUCUAUUCCUUUUUCUUUGCUUAAUUGUCUCUGCCAAUGUGCAGUUUAACCUCUUCCAAUUCAAGUUCUUUGAAUAAUUGUACAGGUCCAGUUGCUUUUGAUGCGAGCAGUUAAAGUGGAAGCAUUUUACACUAAAAAAAACAUAGAUUUAUGGACGAAAUUAAUUUAUCACAAAUCAGCAACAAAAAUAGCGAUAAAAAAAGUCGUCGCAAGACAACAAAAAAUUUAGCAACAAAAAUAAUUUAUCACAAAAUUAGUAACAAAACAAUUUGUCGCAAAAUUUAUCACAAAUUAGUGAUGAAUUUUAUAAUAAAUUUUGGAUUCGUUGAACAUAUAAAUUUCGGACAGAUCUCGAUUUAGUAAAUUUAGCGAUGAAUAAUAAAUUUGUUGCUAAAUUUGUGACGAAGUCAUUUCGUCACUAAAUUUAGAGGAAAUUUCAGAUCUAGGGAUCUAAAAUCCCUCCUAGGCCUAAAUUCACUCUAUCCCGAAUGCACACAUGCAGUGAUGUCGAUGUCCUUUGGCUCUCUCCAACUUGCGAAGCAUGCUGAUCUCCUUUGGAUAGAUAAGAUGAGCUAGCUCAGAGAAGUUUGGGUGAUAGUGAUGAUAAUGAUGGAUUUGAGCCAUUUGUUGGUAAUAAUACGAGUCUAUGACUUAAGGCGAGUGGUGGACCGAAAGAGGGAAGAAUAUUUGAAUUGAGAUCUUUAAGUCGAAAUUGUAGAGUUGCUAAUACAUCUUCCACCUCAUUAGCAGUGAGGGCAGAAAUAAAUCAAUUGAUUGAAGAAAUUAACAAUUUGAAAGAGUUACUAGUGCAAAGGAAUCAUGAAAUGAGGCAAAGGGAUCGGGAAAUUAGCGAUUUACGCCAACAACAGAACUUUAUCAUGCAACAUCUUCAGUUAGCCUCCCCUCCAAGUCAGAUUCCUCGUGGUAAUGGUGAUGAUGGUGGUGGCCGCGACGAUGACGACGAUGAUGAUGGUGAUAGUUGUAAUUGAAAUUGUUGGGGUCGCCAAGGUGGUGACAAAUGGAAAUCCAUGUCAGAAGAGGUGAGUGUUUACAUUUGUUGUUAUAGUUUAUUACUCUGUAUUUUCAUCUUAAUUAUCUUACUUUUUGUUUGUUUAUUUUCUGAUGCAUGUUUGUUUAGAAGAGGAAGAAUGUUAAAUUUUAGAAGAGACUGUUUGUUACAUUGUCUAGUUUGAGUUAAACAAUGUUAUGAGAUCUUUUGUUGAUGAUUUCUUAGAUAAACUUUGUUUUGGAAUUUGUUUGUGUACGUUGUAUCAGAUAUUGUAUGAGAUCUUUUUGGUUUGUCAGGUAUGAUAUCAGAUUUUGUUA